UCCAUUCACAAAGCUAAUAAGUUUCUAUACAUUCUUGGUUUCUUGCCGUCAUAUCACCAUACUUUGCAUUGUCAAAAUGAGUAUUUCAACCAACUCUUUUGCAGCCAUUGCUGCCAUUUUUUCUCUUCUCCUCCUCUCCAGCAUGCAAUGUCAUGCACAACUUUCCUCCACAUUCUAUGACCGCACUUGCCCUAAUGCUCUUAACACGAUCCGUAAAAGUGUUAGACAAGCUAUGUCACGUGAACGUCGCAUGGCUGCAUCCCUCAUCCGCCUUCAUUUCCAUGAUUGUUUUGUCCAGGGUUGUGACGCUUCUAUCUUACUUGAUGAGACCCCUACGAUUGUUAGUGAGAAGACUGCCUUGCCAAAUCUUGGAUCAGUUAGAGGCUUCGGUAUUAUAGAAGAUGCAAAAAGGGAGCUUGAGAAAACAUGUCCAGGAACUGUAUCAUGUGCAGACAUACUUGCAGUUGCCGCUAGGGAUGCAUCGACUUUUGUUGGCGGUCCAUCAUGGGCAGUGAAACUCGGAAGAAGAGAUUCAACCACUGCAAAUCAUACUCUUGCAGAAACUGAUCUCCCUGGUCCUUUUGAUCCUCUUGAUAGGAUUAUUUCUGGCUUUGCGAACAAAGGCCUUAGCACAAGGGACAUGGUUGCUUUAUCAGGAGCACAUUCAAUUGGUCAAGCACAGUGCUUCCUUUUCCGUGAUAGGAUUUACAGCAAUGGAACAGACAUUGAUGCUGGGUUUGCUAGCACUAGAAGACGCCGCUGUCCUCAAGAAGACCAAAAUGGAAAUCUAGCUCCCCUUGAUUUGGUUACGCCCAAUCAAUUGGAUAACAAUUAUUUCAAGAACUUGAGACAAAGAAAAGGUCUUCUUCAAUCAGAUCAAGUUCUUUUGAGUGGAGGAUCCACCGAUAACAUUGUUACUGAAUAUAGCAACAACCGUCGAGCAUUUGCUUCUGAUUUUGCUGCUGCCAUGAUUAGAAUGGGAGAUAUUAGUCCCCUAACUGGUCAAAAUGGAAUCAUAAGAACCGUAUGUGGCUCUAUAAAUUGAUAUGUCAAAAGCCUAUUUCUUGUAUGAUUGUUUAGUGUAUUUAUAUUCAUUUGGUUCUUUCCCUAUGUAUUGUUUCAAGAAUGAAAUAAAUUCUUCGUUGCUUUUAAGGAA